GCCGCCACCUCGUGCCCCCUUCCACCGCGCGCGCCUUUGUCGCCAUCCACCGCACGCGCCGCCGCCUCCUCCGCCAAAUCCACCGCGCGCGCCCCCGCCACCGCGCACCACCUCCUCCGCCAAAUCCGGCGCCCCUCGCCUGCUCGCUCCUCUCCCACCACGCGCCGCCUCCACCAUGCAGCCCCCUCCGCCUCACCCACACCGCCCCACGCCGCCGUCGACUCCACCGGCCGGCCGCCGCUACUCCCUAACUCCGACUCCACUCAAACCCUCCCCUCCUCCCCACCUCCGACUCGACCUGCAUGCCGGCUUCCGCUAUCGGCUCCUCCGCCCAACGCCUUCCCAUCGCCGCAGUUGACUCCACCCUCUUCCCCACCUCCUCCGCCGCCUCCCCAUCGCCUCCGCCUCCGGUGCCUGCCUCCACCUCCUCUUCUGACAUCAAGGAAGUCCCCUUGUUCAGUUUAGUUUGCCACUAUCGAUUUUGCUACAAUCGACCUACGUUGUUGAGCAUCUACCGAGAUGGAGAUCUAAAAAAACAUCGUACCACGUUUAGUUUGCCACUAUCGAUUUUGCUACAAUCAACCUACGUUGUUGAGCAUCUACCGAGAUGGAGAUCUAAAAAAACAUCGUACCACAGUCAAAAUCGAAAGGGCUACUGAAAUUGUUCUGCUAAAGAUGUCACUUGUCCUAGAAAUUGUCCAUUGAAGAUUUUUUUGAUGAAGUUAUUUUUGAAUGGAGACCAGCUAAAGAUAUCACGUGUCCAAUAAAGACCUGCUUAAGAUGUCACUUGUCCAAUGAAGUUCUCUCUGUAUUUAUAUUAUCUAGAAGAGAUGCCACUUCAAUGUAGAGUAAUUCGAUAAACUUUGUUGAGAAGUUAUGACUUAAAUUUAAUGAAUGCUAAAAGUUGUCUGUACUCUUGUAUGCAUAUGCUCUAUGCAGAUGCAUGUAUAUAUUGCUAUCCUAGAUGCAAUAGAAUUGUUACUUAUGAAUUUGUUAUUUCUGAAGUUCUGAUUUGGAAUUCUACAGUGGAAUGUUUUAUACAGUGUUGAUGGAUGUAUGUUUAAUCUGAACUAUUGAAUGCAUGGUGAAUUAAUGUC